AUGGAAAAGCGCAGUUCAUCCCGAGACACCGAACCACCACUCACUCUGGACCCAAUAUCCGAAUGGCGCGCCUGGCAAGCCCUCUCCGUCUACUUCACCGUGCUAUUGAACCGUCAAAUCCGACGCCGGUGGCUCCUCGAACACGAAUCGAUGAAGAACAAGCCCAUGUCAGAACAUUUCCGUCCUAUCAUUUUCCUCGAACCAGUCCCAGCACUACACAAACCCAUCAUCCCGAACAACACAAACCCAACACAAACUGAACUUGACCCCGUCAAUGCAAACUUCAAUUCAAAAUACAACCCCUACAACAAACCAGCCCUAGAGUCCCUAAAAACAAAAGUCCACCUCCUCCGCGCCCGCGUCGAAAAGGGCAAAGAACUCGCCUCAGAAAUCGAACGACGCAUGCAAGACCCACGAAUCCAAUUCCCGACUCAUUUCUGCCAUACAUGCGUGAUGGGCGGCAACUGUGCCGAUGUCCUACUGACAAAGUGCGGACAUCGGGUUUGCAGGACUUGUCUCUCAUUCGGAAUUGAUGAGGAUGGUAUCUAUGAGUGCAGUAUUUGUUUUGCGCCGGCUUCGUUCGUGGUUAAGUCGCCGCUUAAUGGUGGUUCGCAGCAGAGGUCUUGCUCGGAGCAGAUUUCUAGUGUUUCUAUGAGGCUUAUGGCUCCUGGGAAGCUGGAGUGA